GCAAACUUUACUCAGCCGGUGGCCUCUCUUCCAUAUUGCGCGAGCUUUCCGAUGACAUUAUACCCGCAGAUGGUGAGGAAAUCUACAAUCCAUUCACACCGGUUGUCUCUCCCACCGAGGAGGAUACGCCCGCACACAUUGACAAAAUGUUCCUGCAGACGUCAUCGGGAUAUCGACCAGUUGAGCACUGCUACUAUAAACAUUCAUUUGUAGGCGUAGGGGCAGGUGGCAGCAGCGGUGGUGGAGGCGGUAGUAGUGGUAGCGGAAUAGCUGGCGGUGCAGGUGGCACUGGUGGCGGUGGUAGUGGGCGCUAUGGCAUAGUUGGUGGUACACAUCGAUUGUCAGCCGCGGGCGGCAGCUUGGCUGGUGGUAUGGAACAUGCGGGCAUGUUGCGGGCGAGCGGUAGUUUUGGCGAUACGCGUUGCCUACUCGAUGCCGAGUGUGGAAGGCAUCAUCGUGAGAUCACGUCGAACAUACAGCUGGCCUGCGUCAUUCAACGAAUUUGGAUACUCAUCUCGAAUAUCUGCCAUGGUUUGCUAGCUGGUCUAGCUUUGGCUCAUUUGUUGUUCGUGCUAAGCAGUCAUCCGUUGGAUUGGUCGCGGGUACUUAGUCUUGCGGGCGAGACUGUAUCUAAGGCACAGGCGGCGACGACGACAGCGGCUUCGUCAGUGGUAGACGGAGGUGGCGGUGGCGGUGGCGGCGGCGGUGCAGACACUGGCAGUGAUAAACUAAUUUUAAGUGGCUCGCAGCAAACAUUCAGCUUUGUGGAGGAUUAUGCCACUUUUGCUGAGAUCUAUCUGAAUACAUUCUACUGUUUGGCAAUCAUAUGCAUGGUUUCGGUUUUCGAUCGCAUGAAUAUUUGCCACUGGAACUUCAGCAACGCCUCAGAGUUGGUCUCAUUUCGUUGGUUAAUCAUUGCAAUGAUUUAUAUAGCGACAAUAAUAUUAACAAUCUGCUCCGAUUCAAUUGAUGAACGACUCUAUUUCAAUAACAAUGCGAAUGUGACGCUAACACAAGAAGAAUUGUAUAGCAACAGCGUGUUGAGUGUAUGGAGUAGUUUGUCGGUGACGCGCAGCAUCGGCGCCAUCUGUGGUUGGAUAAUGAUCGGCUUGGCGCCGCACGAAGAUCUACUUUACGAGCAUUUGCUGGAUCUAACCAAAUUCCAAGUGACAAAUAAUUGAAUGUAAAGAAGAGAAUGCGAAGGAAGAAGGUGCAAUGAAAACAAGAGGCAAUACUAAAUAUUAGUUAAGUAAAAUAAAAAUAUAUGAAAAAAAUGUACAGUUAGGUUAAAAAGUAUAAGAACUAUAUAUACAAAAAAAAAAGAACUUCAAAUAUUAGUAAAAAAGCAACAAACCCAAUUUGGGAGAGAUAUGAACAUUUAAAAAUGUUUGCUUUAAAAAUGGAAAAUUAUGAAAUGGAAGUUAUGAAAACACGCCUAUAAAUUAAUGCUAAGCUCUGUUUAUAGUUUGCGAAAUAAGGGCGCAAAAAAGUUGUUGCUCAACUACUUAGU